AUGGACCCCCAACAGUCUGCCCUCCCACUGCAGCUGCAUGGCAACAGUUUUGCUAUGAGCUCUGGACAAGUGCCAAAACUAAGCGCGGGAUACAAUGAAGGAGGAGGAGGAGGUGGAGGAGGCCAAGAAGCAGAACUUAAUCAGCAAAACAUGACCUCCUCUGCUCAUGUCAGUUCCAGGUUGAACCCAGGUGAACAGUUUCAGCGCCCAUUGGAGCCUCUGGUUCACUGCCAUGCCAAGGGCAAGCUGGACAUCAAGAGCAGGAGUCUACUCACCAUCUGCCGCUCAGGAGUAAUGUUCCCCUGGAUGCACUCACGGACAACUGACUCUGAACAAUCUGGCAGACGAAGGCUCGGCGUCAGGAGGGAUAGGACGGCCUUCACCAACAGCCAGCUGCUGGAGCUGGAGAAGGAGUUCCACUUCAGCCCUUACCUGUGUCGUCCCCGCAGGCUGGAGAUGGCGGCCGGGCUGCAGCUCACCGAUCGCCAGGUCAAGAUCUGGUUUCAGAACCGCAGGAUGAGGUACAAGAAGGAGCACAAGUACAGAAAGGUGGCUGGUUCGGCCCAGUGGUCUCCCCCCCAGAGCUCGAGCUCAUGUGAGGACCUCCUGAGGUUUCCAGGUGCAUGUGUUGUUAGAGCCUCCUCCUCCUCAGAGCUGCACUUCACGGAUUGUGCUCCCACCUCCUCCUCUCUCUUUGGCUCUCACAGUGAUGCCAGCAGUGGUCAGUGUAUUCACCCUGCAGACCUGCCUCAUCUGAGCUGCAUACUUCCAUCUGUUGCAAAUGGUCCACCGCCCUCAUGUACAGGCGUAGAUAGUCAUCACCAUGCUGGCAUUUCAAACUGGCCCUAGGGCCCCAUAAUGGCCAUCCCUCCUGUGCUCAUCAAAAUCUCAAUGAUACAUCCACUUUCACUUACUUAUGAAAAACGGGAGGAUGUCUGAUUAGCACCCCUGCGUUGAAAUCCCCUGAACGCAGCCGUUCACCAUUCAUGAAACAUUUUAAUUAAACUAUGUGAACAUAUCUUAAUUAAAGGAGAGCUACAGUGAUAUCAUUUAUGUUU